GAAUUGUUUAAAGAUCUAUGAAGCCAUAGACCUCUGAUAUUAAAUCCUGAUGUAGUUGAAUAGCAUAAAGUUUAGCAUAUAAAACAUCCAAGCUUUUUGCAUUUUUAAAACCCUUGGUAUACCCUCAUCUUUGAUUUCUAUACAACAGACAGAAAAUACUAAUUCAGCACUUUCUGGAGCUUGCCCAUCCGUUUUUGCAAAGGCUUUUACAAUAAUUUUAUAUUCAUGCAGCAUUAUUUGAUUUAUUUUCACCAGACUGCCUCAAUAAUUUUUUUAAGCUGUCUUUUUUAAAUGAAAUAUAUAAACAAGCAAUGUUGCUUUAAGUUGCCUGGCAUCUCUGAUCUCAUGGUUCAUUCUCCCUCGUGGAGAGUUAGGGAAUACAUAUCAUCAGUUACAAGGCAAUGUUCUGCCUGUUUUAGUUAACAAUUGAAAAGCAGUUACCCUCAACAUAAAUUCUGGUACACCAAGGGUUUGAUAUCUCUUGUUAGUCAGAAAAUAUCUGUAAAGGUGCUAAAUGGGCACUGGGUAUUAGAUCUUAUUCCACAUUUUCUUAUUCAACCUUGCUAUAUAUUCUAGAAUUUCUCUAAAAUAAUAAACUCUUCUCUCUUAUUUGUGUGUGUGAUUUUUAUAGUGGAGAAGGCAAAUGCAAAAGCCCUUCCAGAUGACUGAAACAGUGGGGUCCUCUGCAGCUACAGGGGAUUCUAGACAUUAACUAAAGGCCAGCAAGCACUCAAGUCCCCAAGUGUUUUCCUGGUGUAAAUCACUCACUUGUUAACAACAUUUUUUCUCUUCUUUUUCUUACAUUUUUAGGGUGUUACAGUAAUUUGAAAAACAAUGAGCAGGUUGGAAAUAUAACUAAAACUCUGCCAAGAAGACUGCUCUUCUAAUGAGUUCUGUUGAACCACUAUAGAUUGCAGCACAGCUCUUUCAAAGGCACUGUUAACUGAUAAACUAGCACUCAUUUUAUACCACGAGAUUACAGUAAACGGUUAAGCUGCACUUCUGCAUACAGAGAUUACUACAUCUCAUUAAAAUCAACGGAUUUACACAGACUAAUUGUGCUGGAAUGUAAUCUUAUGUUUUAUAUGUAGUAUCUCGUUUUACUCAUUAACAAGGCAGAAGAAUAUGCCACAGGCAGGUCUGAUUAAUUAAUGUUAGGAUAUUCCAAACUGAAACUAUAAUUAAGAUCCACAAAGUUUAACCCUCAUUGGUUUAACUUGGCUGAAUAGAAUACUUUAAAGUAUUGCUUCUUACAUAUAAUUCUGAAAGGUCAGAUACAUCUGUGUCUGAGUCUUCCAUAUUUGCUGUCUGUAUUAGGGCCAAGCUAGAUGCGACAGCUGUGUUUUUAAAUAUGGAUUUCGUAGAAAGAGGAAGGGUGGGAUGCUUCUUUUUAGAGCAAAAGGGGGCACGUGGGUGAAGUGUAUAGCCGCCUUCCUUUGCCUGCAAUUUAACCUCCUUGCAGUCUGUCUUCCUUUGUUUUUUUCUUUAUCUGAGUUCCAGUGCUGCAACUGUGCCAGCACCCGCAGAAAGCUACUAUGGUGAAAUAAGCAGCAGGCUGGGGUAGGUUUCAGGGCCCGUGCCUCUUUGUAUUCCUUUUAUUACUAAACAUGGAUAUAGACCUUUUUAUGUGAUUGGGGAAGGAACACACGCUGUCGUGUUCACCUUGGCUCUAAUUAACUGAACCAAUAGUCGCCAAAAUAUAUGCAAGUUAGUGUUUAAGAACAGUAUCUCUCUUAAGAGCUUGAAUGGUUUUUAUACGUAAUAUUUUUUUUCUCUUUAUAAACAUGACUUUAAACUCUGCUAGAAAGAUAGAUGACUGAUAAAUCUCUCACUGCGAUAUCGGUCAAAAAAAGAUGACUUUUCUGAAUUUUUUCUGAGGCUUGUUUAAUGCAAUUUGAGCAGUUGUUACCUAUCAAGAACUCAUUGGGCUUUUAGGAUCUGCACCAUUUUGUAGUUGGCAAGGUAUGUCAAUUCUGGGUACAGUGGUCUAUCAGAAUAAUGGACCCAUGGAUUUUCCUAUGAACUUGGUCUGCUCUGUUCUCGCAAAUCUUCCUUAUCUGUGAAAGAAUAUGGGUAUCACUCUUCAAUUCUUCUUUUCACAAGGCCCCAUUUUUGCUAGUGCUUCAGCAUUGCUGAGAAAAAAAAACAUUUCAAGAUCAGUGAAACUGUUCAGUUGCAUUGAGGCACAUGCUUAAGCACUCUGCUGAAUUGAAAUCUUUACCCUUUGCUACUGUGGCGAUACAUUCUGAUAUUACCUCUCUACAAAUAUUAAAGUAUGCAUUGUACUGAUCAUAUUCCCUAGUAUCAAGUCGCAUUUCUGUUUUUGGUGUGUUACAUACAUCUUGGUGUUGAUUGUUGCUUUGUGUUCUAGACUUAACACAAAGUUCACGGUAAGGCAUAGUACUAUAAUCUUUGUGAUGAAAUGGAAGGUUUGGAAGCAAUGUAGAUAUUAAAACAGUGACUUUGGGUGGGUUUAUGUAGGUUCUUUGGUUAAUGUUUGUUUCUUUUGUCUGUUUCUUUUUCUUCAUUUCUACACAUUCAUGCAGUAUGUCAUGGUUCUAACAAAGCAGCAGUAAAAAACUCUUGACGCAUGAAAAUUAACUGUUCUUUUCCCUGGUUCAGCCUGAACUAUAUACCAGGCCCUGCUGAAAAUACCACCCAACAGUUUUCUUCUGCAGCUUAUCCAGUUUCUCUUAAGUGCCCUGUACAUAUUGUAUGUUUUAUGAUGAGAUGCAGUUUUUUUUAAUGUCUUGCAGAAACGGUUCUGGUAUUUGCAAAUAUAUAGUACAGUUGUCUUAUUGAACUCUCUCACGUUGGGGGCUUGGGCACAUUAACAGAUUAAUCCAUAUGUAUAGGGCUUUUGCUGUUGGUUAAAAUAACAACAAUCAACAUUUACUGUUUGUCUCACGUUGGGCCUUUUGAAGGUUAUUCUUUGUUCAGGGGUAGGCAAUAAAAAUAGACACUUAGCAGACUACAAGCUGCAAAUCAGAAGUUUAUUCUGAAAGGGCAAUACUCAGCAGCAUUCUUGGUACAGUAACCAUAACACAGAGUGGAGCAUGUAUUUUACUGCACAGGUAAGAAUGUGUCACAUUUUAGGUGUUUACAUAAACACAUACACGCGGACACAUAUGCAGAACCUACAUUUGGACCUUUGUGGAGACCUUCAUAUCCAAAUGAGAAGUCAGCAAAAGCCCUACACUUUUUCUUACCUUCUCUUAAGUUUUACAAAAUUGUAUGGUAGGUGUAAAAGAAAUCAUAGUGAACUGUGCCAUAUUAUUAACCCCUAAAUCAAACUUUUUUUGUCUUGUGUAUCUUGAUUUUUCUGUGUGCUUUAUAGUGAAGCAGCCGACACGAGUCGUUGUUCAUAAAACAGCUUUUGAAAGUUGAGAGCACACCCCUGGAGAACCGACUGUGCUUGCUUACGUUUGGUUCAUGACUUAAAAAUCGAGUACAGGUGAUGAAAUCUUGGCAGUGUUAACAAAAAAGUAGUGUGUAUUGUGCUAUUUUUUAUUCUAGAACUUAACCUUUUGUAGAGAAAAAGGAACAAAUUUUCACACAUUCUGACAAACAAGUUAAUGAUAAAUUAUUAAGAGAGCAAACAUUGUAUUAUAGCCAACAUAAGUACUUUCAGCAAACUCAGAUGGUGUUUCAGGGAGACAUUUUCUGGGUGUAUUUGUGUGUGUUUUUUUUGUUUUUUGUUUUUAAAAGAAAAAAAAAAGAUAAAUUGGGGGUAACUUCUAAUGCAAAGUUGUCUCUCUGCAGGAGUUAUUCCUGAUGAGACUAAGGCUUUAUCUCUCCUGGCACCAGCUAAUGCUGUGGCAGGCCUUCUGCCGGGGGGUGGACUCCUGCCUACACCUAACCCGCUUUCUCAGAUCGGUGCUGUUCCUCUGGCUGCUUUAGGAGCUCCAACUCUAGAUCCAACUCUAGCUGCUCUAGGUCUUCCUGGGGCAAACUUAAACUCUCAGUCUCUUGCAGCAGAUCAACUAUUAAAACUUAUGAGCACAGUGGAUCCAAAGCUGAAUCAUGUAGCUGCAGGCCUUGUUUCACCAAGUCUGAAAACAGAUACCUCCAGUAAAGAAAUAGAAGAAGCCAUGAAACGUGUACGAGAAGCACAAUCCCUGAUUUCUGCUGCUAUAGAGCCAGAUAAAAAGGAUGAUAAAAGAAGGCAUUCCAGAUCCAGAUCGCGCUCAAGGAGGAGGAGAACACCUUCUUCUUCUAGACACAGACGGUCACGAAGUCGAUCAAGAAGACGGUCACAUUCAAAGUCAAGGAGCAGAAGACGAUCUAAAAGUCCUCGACGGCGGCGAUCUCACUCCAGAGAACGUAUUAAAAGGUCUAGGAGCACUUCCAAAACCAGGUGCUUGAAAACCAGAGACAAAAAGAAAGAAGAAAAGGAGAAGAAACGAUCUAAAACGCCACCCAAAAGCUACAGCACGGCCAGGCGAUCCAGAAGCACAAGCAGAGAAAGGCGCCGCAGAAGAAGCAGAAGUGGCUCCAGAUCACCUAAAAAGCCUAGGUCGCCUAAGAGAAAGGUGUCUAGAUCCCCUUCACCAAAAAGGCAUAAGAAAGAGAAGAAAAAAGACAAAGAUAAAGAGAGAAGCAGGGAUGAACGUGAAAGAUCAACCAGUAAAAAGAAAAAAAGCAAAGACAAAGACAAAGAGCGAGAGAGGAAAUCAGAAAGUGACAAAGAUGUCAAACAGGUCACAAGGGAUUAUGAUGAAGAAGAACAAGGCUACGAUAGUGAAAAAGAGAAAAAAGACGAAAAGGCAUCUGAUGCCACUUCUCCAAAGUUUAAGGAGUCCCCGGAGAAAGGGAGCGGUGAACCAAGGGAGUCCAAGGUCAAUGGAGAUGAUCAUCAUGAAGAGGAUAUGGAUAUGAGUGACUGAAUAUGCCUUUGCCAGGAAAACAAUUGGCCACAUGCAUCAGUGUCAUUCCUGUGUGAUUUCUUUAUGCUGUACUUGUUUAAUCUUCCAAACUAGAUGUAUACAGCUGUAACUAUAAAUGGUUGUAAAGCUCCUAAUAUUAAAUAAUUACAUCAAAAGUUUUAGAGGAAGUGGUAUCUGGGUUUCCAUUCUUGUUAUUGGCUAAAUUGAAUUGAGUAGCCCAGCAGUCCUUAACUAGCUUGGUGCUGCUUUUUUCCUUUUUGAGCAAAAAGCUGCAUGCAUCUUUGACAGGCAUGGACUGUUUGUGUUGUAUGAUCUUUUUAGUAAACCAGCUCACCUACAAUAGUGUUUCUAGAGUUUGAUUAUUUACAAUAAUAGAGCAAAAAUAGGGAAUGAACUGGCUGCAUGUUAACUGGCAGGAACAUCCUUAUCUCCUACAACAUGGUGGCCCGCUGAGGGCCUUCAGUAUCGAGAGAGAAACUAACAUUAGCUUCAUCUGGAAAGAAAUCGGAUAGAGGUAGAUAAUAUUUCUAGCCCUAUGGCUGAAUCUUUUUGUUGUGGAUUUGUUUGGCUUUGACAUGGUUGAAAUGCAUUAGUCUUUUUAAUGCCCAGCGUAAGGUAGGCUGAGUCUCAAUCCUUCUCAGGUGGGUGUUUGAUUUUUCACAAUUUGGACUUCUUGAGGUAAAAAAUAACAUUUCUGUAUUCUGCAGAAGAGACGGAGAAAGAUAACCUUGUGUAGUUUUUUAGAAGCUGCAUUUCAUUUUGAGUAUUAAAACUCUGCAACGAAAAAAA